AUGUCUAAGCAAUUCGACAUAACCGCCUUUUUCAAGGAUUUAAUGGCUGGUGGCACUGCCGCCGCUAUUUCCAAGACAACUGUUGCACCCAUUGAAAGAGUCAAGUUGUUGUUACAGGUUCAAGCCGUAUCAAAACAAAUUGCACCUGAGAAUCAAUACAAGGGUAUCGUAGAUUGCUUCACUCGUGUAUCCAAAGAGCAGGGAGUCUCAUCACUAUGGCGUGGUAACUUGGCUAACGUCAUCCGUUACUUCCCAACUCAAGCACUCAACUUUGCAUUUAAGGAUAAAUACAAGCAGAUGUUCUUGUCAGGUGUUGAUAAAAACACACAGUUCUUCCGUUACUUUGCUGGAAACUUGGCUUCAGGUGGUGCUGCUGGUGCAACAUCUUUGUGCUUUGUGUACCCAUUGGAUUUUGCUCGUACUCGUCUUGCUGCUGAUAUUGGAUCAGCUAGUGCUGGUAAGCGAGAAUUUACCGGACUUGGUGACUGCCUGAAAAAGACACUCAAGUCAGAUGGCAUUACUGGACUCUACCGUGGGUUUGGUGUUUCAGUCCAGGGCAUUAUCAUCUACCGUGCAUCAUACUUUGGUUGCUUUGACACUGUUAAGGGUCUUCUUCCUGACAAUCUGAAAUCAAGCAUCUUGGUGUCUUGGAUGGUAGCUCAAGUUGUCACCACUAGUGCUGGUGUUGUAUCUUAUCCAUUUGAUACCGUGCGUCGUCGAAUGAUGAUGCAGAGUGGACGUAAAGAUGUCAUCUACAAGGGUACCAUUGACUGCUGGUCAAAGAUAAUGCGACAGGAAGGUGGAAGUGCAUUCUUCAAAGGUGCGUUCUCUAACGUUCUUCGUGGCACUGGUGGCGCUUUUGUGCUGGUGCUGUACGAUGAAAUCAAGAAGAUGCUUUAA